UAUAAAGGCCUGAAUGGAUCUUGGAGAUUUCCCACCACUGGGGAGCCGCCCAAUGAUACCGCCGGCUGCUCCGCCGUUGCCAUAAAAUUAGUAAAAGGAAGUAAUGGCGCAACCUUUUAAACUAAAAGUUAACACCCUCCUAAACAAGCUCGGCGAUCGAGACACCUUCUCUCUCGCAGCUGCUGAGCUCGACUCCAUUGCUAGAAACCUUGAUGCCACAUCACUCCCGACUUUCAUUUCCUGUAUUCUUGCGGUCGAUUCCUCCGAUAAAAGCGGAGUGCGAAAGCAAUGCGUGAAGCUCAUUUCUGUUUUGGCUGUUACUUAUCCGAAUUCUCUCCCUCAUUUCCUCCCUAAAAUCCUCUCUAGCCUCCUCCGUCGCCUGCGGGACCCCAAUUCCGUUGUCCGCUCCGCCUGCGUCGACGCUGUCUCAGCUCUCUCUGUUAACCUCACCAAGUGCAACUUCUCAUCUUCGUUUUUGAAGCCAUUGAGCGAUGCUCUUUUCACAGAGCAAGAACCGAACGCGCAGAUCGGGGCGGCAUUGUGUUUGGCGGCGGCGAUCGAUGGAUCACCGGAUCCAGAUCCAGUUAGGCUGGGGAAGAUGUUAACGAAGCUGGAGAAACUCGUGAAAGUUGAAGGUUAUAAGGCUAAGGCGGCAGUUUUGGUGGUUAUCGGGAGUGUGAUCGGAUCGGGUGGGGCGUCAAAUUUGGGUGAUGAGAUGAUGAAAGCAUUGGUAGGGUGCUUGAUUGGGUUCUUGAGUAGUCAUGAUUGGGCAGCGAGAAAGGGAGCAGCAGAGGCGCUUGGGAGGUUAGCGGUGGUUGAGACAGAUUCAUUGGCUGCGCUCAAAGCUGGUUGCAUGAAAGUCUUCGAGGCUAGAAGAUUCGAUAAGGUAAAGGCCGCCAGGGAGGUUAUGAGUCAGAUGUUGGAGGCGUGGAAGCAGGUUCCGGAUGUUUCAGAAGAGGCGUCUCCACCGCCUCGAUCACAGGCUUCUUCGAGAGAGAAUGCAAGUGAUGGAUGCCGCCGUCCGCCUGGUGCCAAAAUUUCAUCUAAUGCGGAUAUCGCUGUUAAGAAGCCUACUUCAACAAAAAGGUCAACUCCACCUGAUAGUUCCUUUGCAACCCCAGGGAGGAAGAGAAGUCCUUUAAAGGCAACCACUCAAGAAACGAAUGGUAAGAAGCCCCAAGACUGGAGGGUUGAUAUUGCUUCUCCUCUUGCUGCUACUGUGCCAGGGGCUCGUGAGAAUGGUUUUAAGGAGAGGAGGAAUAAUGAGAAUGCGAGAUCUGCAAAGUCUGAAAUAAGGCGGUCCCUUUUCAGUAAUAAGAAUUCCGAUGACAAGACGCACAAAAUCAGUGGUUCAAAGUCUGGCUCUCGUGUUGCUCCUUGUCAAGAGGAAAUCCCAGAAUCCACUGUUGUGGUUAGUAAUGCCUCUGAAAAUCUCAGCUCAAACCACAAGGACUGCGAGGAUUUAUCUUUGAUCCGCACCCAACUGGUUCAGAUAGAAAAGCAGCAAUCUAGCCUACUAGAUCUUCUGCAGAGAUUCAUAUGUAGCUCACAGAAUGGGAUGAAUUCACUGGAGACACGUGUGCAUGGUCUAGAAUUGGCUUUGGAUGAGAUCUCGUAUGACUUGGCUGUAUCAACUGGAAGGAUGUCUACUUCCAGCCGGACCACUUGUUGCCUACUACCUGCUGCAGGUUUUCUGAGAUCCAAGUUCUGGAGGAAAAAAGGGAUGAACACAAAUGGUACCUCUAGGUUUUCUACAUCCAGUUGCACCCCAUCUGCUGCUGCCACGCAUUAUAGAGCUUAUAGAAAUUGCAAUGAAACAUUUGAGAACCAUAGGUUACGACUUCAAGGAGGUGGUGGAUUUAUUACGAAUCCAUUGGCAGAAAUUCGGUGACCACCAGUAGCUGCAGGCUUGCUGCAUGAUUGGGACUUGGAAGUAACUCAAAUUUCAGUCAAUUGUGACAACAAAUAUGAUGAUCAACUUAUAUAUAUAUAUAUGCUCCAUUACGAAGUAGUCUAUAGCAAAUUGCUUGCCGGAGUUCUUAUGCAGUUUGUUUUAAAUUUACCUCACACAAUUUACCGUCUCGCGUCCUCCAGAGAGAUCACGAGAAACGGUAUCAUUUAUUAAUAUACUCAUUUAUAGUUUAGGCCCCCCAUUUUAUCCCUUUUUUUUUUUCCUAGUUAAGAUGUUGAGGCAUAUGAAGAGUGGAGAUAGAUGGGCUAAACUACCUGAUUUUCUCCAGCCUGUAAUAGAGUGUGAAAAUGUGUAUAGCUUUUCUCUAAUGUUUUUUGGAACACUAUUUUUCUUCAUAUGGUAAAUUCUUUCUUUUCUUUACAGAUAA